AGACUACUCAGACCGAUGGACUCCGACGCUUCGACCGCCUCAAGCCGCGUCGGGGCGCCACCGCUAUCGCCCCCAUGACGAAGCGCUCCAACAAGAACGCAGGCAAGGACCCGGCCUCCAAGGCGCUGUGGGAGGCCGUCAUGCGCGAGCAGUGGCGAUGCGAGCAGCAGCGCCGAAGAAUGGUGCGCUGGCGCCAGCAGAAGAAGCAGAAGGUGGCAGACAUGGUCCUGGAGCGGCGCCAUCUCGAGAAGGAACUGCAGCGUCGAGUGCUCAAGGCGCGCAUGGUCACGGACGGAGUCACGCCCGAGUCAUUCGAGGAGGCGCUUCAGUUGAUCAUGGUCGAGAGAGCGGCACUCACCAGAGAACCUGGCAAGACGAAGACUAAGGUAAAGGCGAAGGAGGUGCCGCUGCUGCAGGAUGAGGGCGGGUCGCGCGUCCUCUUCCCCAAUGGGGAGCCGUCGUUCCACUUCCACCCGCUCACUACGGAAGCGUUUGAAACGCUGGUGAAGAACAACGACGCCGUGUACGCCAAGGAAUUUCCGCGCACGGCUGCUGUGGGCACCAUGUUCGGCUGGAACGUGGAGUAUGCGCCGCUCGUGCGAAACCCCGCGGGGACGAUGGUCAUGACCCACGCGCGCUUCUCGAGACGCGUGCGAUGCUCAAUUGACUGCGCCAACAAGAUCCUGCCGCGGCUGGACAUGGCUCUGUGGCCGAAGCCAGUGACCCCAAAGAGCUGGGGGCUUGUCCAGACUGGGAGCUUCAGCUGCCAAGCUCUGCAACAGUUCCACAAGAACGCCUACGCGAUGGUGUGCAACAUUACGGGCGACGUGAAUCUUCGUUACAUUGCCCUUGCGGAGCACACCCGUGACCUUCGACCUGAUGGCAAGCGUGUGGAGAAGUAUACGAUUACUGUCGCCAACGCACGAAACCGAGAGGCCGAAGGCGCGCAAGACAACGUGGACAGGAACACCAUUGACGUUGUGUAUGACCAGUGGGCUGGGUGCCUGAGCGAGGUUCACGGUCGAGAAUUGUACGUUGAGUGGAUCCAGUUUCCAGUUAAUUUUGAGCAAGCCGUGUCGCCCGCGGGAUUGCUUGAGUUUUAA